CAGGUGAAUGCCCUGGAGAUCACCCCAGACCGGAGCAUGAUCGCGGCUGCAGGGUACCAGCACAUCCGUAUGUACGACCUCAACUCCAACAACCCCAACCCUGUCAUCAACUACGACGGCGUCAGCAAGAACAUCACUUCCGUGGGCUUCCAUGAGGAUGGGAGGUGGAUGUACACUGGUGGGGAGGACUGCAUGGCCAGGAUCUGGGACCUCAGGUCUCGGAACCUCCAGUGCCAGCGCAUUUUCCAGGUGAAUGCUCCCAUAAACUGUGUUUGCCUGCACCCCAACCAGGCAGAGCUGAUCGUCGGUGAUCAGAGCGGUGCCAUCCACAUCUGGGACCUGAAGACUGACCACAACGAGCAGCUCAUUCCAGAGCCCGAGGUCUCUGUGAAUUCUGUCCACAUUGACCCUGAUGCCAGUUACAUGGCAGCUGUGAACAGCUCGGGAAACUGCUACGUGUGGAACCUGACAGGUGGCAUUGGCGAGGAGGUGACCCAGCUGAUCCCCAAGACCAAAAUUCCAGCGCACAACCGCUAUGCCCUGCAGUGCAAAUUCAGCCCUGACUCCACGCUCUUGGCUACCUGUUCUGCAGAUCAGACGUGCAAGAUCUGGAGGACUUCAAACUUCUCUCUGAUGACAGAGCUGAGCAUUAAGAGCAAUAAUCCUGGGGAGACGUCUCGGGGGUGGAUGUGGGACUGUGCCUUCUCCGGGGACUCCCAGUACAUCGUGACAGCCUCCUCUGAUAACCUGGCCAGGCUGUGGUGUGUGGAGACAGGAGAGAUCAAGAGGGAGUACAGUGGCCACCAGAAGGCCGUGGUCUGCCUUGCCUUCAACGACAGCGUGUUGGGAUAA